AUGAUGGCAUCUAUUGUUGAUUCUCAUAUUUUCAAAGAUAUUUUCGGUAAUGCUACGAUGCGUAGUCGUUGGACUGAUGAGGCACGCACUGCAUAUUAUUUGAAGUGGGAAGUUGCACUAGCUACAGUUCAAGCUAAACUCAAGAUUAUUCCUCAAGAAGCUUGUGAUGAGAUUAUCGCCAAAGCUAAGGUUGAAAACAUUGAUUUUGAUAAGCUCAAAGAGAAGACUGAAUUAAUUGGAUAUCCUGUAUUAGGUGUUGUACAACAGAUCGUUUCUAUUUGUCGUGAUGGUCUUGGUGAAUGGUGUCAUUGGGGUGCUACUACUCAAGAUGUCACUGACAGUGCUACUGUUAUGGCUAUACGCGAUUCUCUUGAUAUCAUCGAAGCUGAUCUGGAUCAUAUUAUGAGUAGUGUAGCCAAGUUAGCUGAAGAUCAUCGAUUAACUCCUAUGGCUGGUCGUAGCAAUUUACAACAAGCUGUACCAAUUAGUUUUGGCUUUAAGAUGGCACGUCUCUUAGCCACUUUUCAACGUCAUAAGGAGCGUAUAGAAGAGAUUCGUAAGCGUGUUCUAACUUUGGAAUUUGGAGGAGCAGCUGGCACUCUUGCUACGUUGAAUGCUGACAUAGCAUUGAAGUGCCAAGAAGAACUAGCACGGGAAUUAGAUUUAGUUCAACCGGAGAUUGCAUGGCAUACGGAGCGCGAUCGUUUUGCUGAAGUGGGUGCAUUUCUUGGUAUUCUAUGUGGCACUUUAUCUAAAAAUGCAACGGAUAUUAAAUUAAUGAUGCAAACUGAGAUUGACGAAGUCUCUGAGCCAUACGUUCCUCAUCGUGGAUCCAGUUCUACUAUGCCAAACAAGUUUAAUCCGAUUAGUUGUGUAUAUAUUCAUGCACUCGCUGCUACUGUUCGUCAACAUUCAGCUGCUCUUAUGGAUGCUAUGUUAUGCGACCAUGAGCGUGCUACUGGUCCUUGGGAAAUAGAAUGGAUUGUUCUACCAGAAGCUUUCAUUCUUACAGCUGGUGCAUUAAGUCAAACAAAAUCAAUGAUGGCUGGUCUACAGGUUCAUCCGAAAAAUAUGAUGCGCAAUUUAAACCUAACAAAGGGUCUUAUUGUAUCUGAAGCUGUUAUGAUGAGUCUUGGUCCGAAAUUAGGUCGUCAAUCUGCACAUGAUCUUGUUUAUACUCAUUGUCGUCGUGCACUUGAUGAGGAUCGUAUGUUGAUUGAUCUACUCAAAGAAGACAAAGAUAUCUCAGCAGUUUUAUCUAAUACUGAACUCGAACAUCUCUGCGAUCCUGCAAAUUAUCUUGGUCUAAGCGGAUCUAUGAUUGAUUUUGUAAUACAAUAUGAAGACUGGAAAGAAGCACAUGAAAUACUCAAUGUUAAACGUCGACCUAAAUCAUUAGAUAUUCCUGAAGAUCAAAUAUUUCGUACAGCACCACUAGCAAGAGAACGUCGCUUAUAUGAUAGCAAGCUGCGUCGUCUUCAUUUAAAUCAUAAAUAUCGUGUGGAAGGUAUCGAAUCAUCAGUGAUAAACAAGAAGGCGCAAAUUGAUUACACAAAAUUAAAACUUGCUGGUUGCACACCGGCAAUUGAAGAAAUCGUAAGAAAAGUUUUUAGACCACGAAAAUUUUCUGCCGACUUGUGUAGAGAAAUAGGAAUGCAAUAUGUUCGUGGUGUUAUUUUACAUGGACCACCUGGUACAGGCGAAACAAGCACUAUACUUGCAUUGUGCGAGUAUUUUGGUCUUGAACAAAAAGUAAUUAAUGGUCCAGAAUUAAUAGAUUCAUUAGUUGGCAAUUCAGAACGAGCAUUGCGAGAGCUCUUUAAAGAAGCCCAGGACGAUGGUUCCUGA